CGUAGGCCUAACGCUCUCUACCAGAUGUGCUAAACUAAAAAGUUUUAAAUGGAUAUAGAGCUAGAGUCAGAGAAGUUUGGCCUUUUCUUGAAAAAUGUACCAUCCCAAGAGGCUACUAGGUCACACCCAAAGAUCUUUAGUAAUGAAUUCUCGAUGUUAGUCCUCCCAAAAGAUGUAAGGCUACCGUGUUCAGAAUUCACUGGACCACAGUCCAAUGUCACCGUAGUUGUCAGCAAGCACACACCUCCAACCCCCUCCAAAUCUUUGGGGUUUCCACUGGAGGUAGUUCAAGGUGUAUGCGUGGGACAGCCUAUUAUGCAGAAUCAGGUGCACCUACCAAGCUCACAUCCCAAAAAUGAGAAACUCCCGACCAAUCUGAUCAAUUCCGAACCUGUAGCAGACGUAUCUACACUGAUACCCCUAACUCUGGACGAAGCUCGCUAUAUUGCCUCUCUUUACUCCAUCAGCACCAAGACCUCUUCCUCUCUGCCCAAUCUAUGGAUUAUGUGCUCUAGUGAGAAGCCAAAAAUUGUUUCACUUGGAACUUCUUUCAACAAUUCCACCCUCUACAUCUACACCAUCACGCUUCAAGAAACUCUUCACUCUGAGUCUAGCAGGAAAGGUGUUUUCAAGCAACAAAAUCACUUCAAUGGACCUGUGUUUAGUCGGUAUGCGAUUGCCGGCUCUUCAAGUAGCGAUGACGAUGAAUCUGGUAGCUUGUCUGUCGAGUUUAACUGGUCUGAAGCUGAACGACCACUUAGUCUACCACCUGAAAGUUCCCACGCAGUAAUCAAGGUGUCCGCAAAACCGGGCUAUACUUUCUCACCUGUAUUGGCUACCUACAGUGAGCUGUCCACUUUGCUCGCAUUUUGUCUCUCUGGGGUGUCCGAAUGGCCACUUCAAGAGCACCCCAGUCAGCAAGAUACAAUGGGCCAGCUAACUAAGAAGAUUGACUCAUUUCUCGGUGAUGUAGCCUCCCCUCUCACACAAGUGCUGGACACGACUGUGAUUUCACCUACUGCUGACAAUAGUAUUUACGAGACGAGAAAGGAUUUAGAUUUUGCUGAGCGACUAUGGAUGUUUGCUAAAGAUGUGACUAGCCUGGAUGAGCUUCAAGAGAUAUUUGGCGCUGUUUUCAAAGCUCUUCUUCUCGGACAAGUACAACCUUUUGUUCACCGUACCAGCUCCUCAACACUCGCAAUACUCCUGCGUCAAUUACUGCAGUGUUCCUCCACUGAAGAGAGACAAGCACUUGCCCCGAGGUAUCAGUCCCUCCUCUCACCUACCAAACUACUACCUUGCCUCAUACAAAUAGGCUUGGAGAAAAUGAGACGUGAUUAUCGAACGUUUUUCAUCAGCUCAGAUAUUGUCACAGACAACCAACUGGACCAUUUUUUCUCUGAAUUUUCCUCACAAUCACAGCUAGCUAAAUGCCGCAUUCUGUGCAAGCUGCACUGUGUGCUGGAGAUCAACGCAUCGCUUCUCUCAUUUCUCAACCUACCCUCUUCUGUUUUAUCGUCGUUGACUAAAACUGCUCUCCAAGUUUAUCGAGAAAUGCCUUUCAAGUCGUUCUCUACUACACCUACAUUUUCACUGCCCCUUGCCCCAUAUUCACCAAGCCUCAAGUCGCUAGUCUGUCUAUGCAACAAACUCCAUCCAACAACCUGGAAGGCCACACAGGGCAAGGAACAAGCUAUGAUCUUGUACAGGAACGAGCCGCUGUAUGGAAAAAGCGAGGACAGUGACAAUUAUUCUGUAUACAAAGCUAGAUGUGACAUUUCAUAUUUGUGAUCGUAUGCAGCUACGUUUUAUGCUAAGUGUUAUAAUUAUACUUAAUUUAGGUCUAUACCAGAAACUCCACAUGCAAAUGUCAUGCAACUUUG